UCUCUGCGCCUCCGACCAUGAGUGGCUGAAGAGGACCCAGGGGGGGAGUUGAGAAAAAAUGCCGCGCACCAAGCAAAACCACCCCAAAAACCUGAAAGAUAAAAUCGAAGAGGCACAGAAAGAGCUCAAAGCCCCCAAAAGCACUCACAAAGGUAUCAGCGAAGGUACCACCAGCCUUAGAGGUUCAGAUGGCAUUAAAGGACUGAAGAGGAAAAAGGUGGUGGCAGAAAACCAGCUGAAGAAAAUACCCAAGUCUCCAGUAAAGAAGCCGUCACAGGCCAAGAACCCUGUGCCAACGCCUGGCACUGCCAGUGUUCACAUCUCCAACAGCCCUUCAAGAGAAGAUUCUCCCUCGAGUACCAGCUCCAGAUCUACGUCCAGUUCGUUCCCCAACAGUCCAUCCUGCUCACUGGACUCCGCACAACACCACCAGGACGCAGACGAUGGCCAGCACCAGCAGGUGGCGCCAUCUCCCCAUAAAGUAACAACGGAGGAGGGAGAAGUGUCAUCCUUCACUGAGUUGCAGCCUCAGAACCUACAGGCUUGCAGCGGGGAUAAAUCAAACUCUUGCGACUCCACUAAAGAAAGCUGGGGUGAGAAAUUGGAUAGCGAAGGCACCUCCACUACUGCGCACCCAAGUGCUCCCCUUGACGUCUUGCUCAAGGCUAUGGAGCCAGACUUUAACACAUUGACUGAGAGGAAGACUGUCGGACAUAUACAGAAACCGGGGACAUCUGGUGUCAGUCAUUCUGGAAUACACACAGCUAUGACAGCCGUCAAAUUCGGCCUACCACCUCAACAUAGGCUCAUGCAGGCUUACGAUACAGCCAAACACUUCUACCCUGGCCCCCACAUGACCCCGCAGCCUGGGGUGCCAGACACCAAACAGCACCAGGCAGCUUAUAUGCACCCAACCUCCCAGCAGUACAUGACGUUAGGUGGCGAGCACCAGUCAGCUAAGCCAGCUUUUCAGAAAAGUUAUAGUGCAGGGCAGUCAACUGCCAUGACCCACGCACCCAUUCCCUCAGGCUCGACCGGACUCCCACAGAGCCAGCCACCUGUGGUGCAAACGUGCCAGUCGCUCUCGGCCAGUGUUCCCAGCACCAUACAGGUCCCCGUCACGCCAGGUUAUAACCCUGUACAGGUGGCCACAGUAGUGAACUUUGGCAGCUUGGAGCAAGUGUGCAGCAUUACAUCUAAAGAACAGAAACCUAAAAAGCAAGGCAAAUACGUCUGCGAAUACUGCAACAGGGCCUGCGCCAAACCCAGUGUACUGCUAAAACAUAUCCGAUCCCAUACGGGGGAGAGGCCCUAUCCUUGCGUUACUUGUGGCUUCUCCUUUAAGACUAAGAGCAACUUGUACAAGCAUAAGAAGUCCCACGCACAUGCUAUAAAACUAGGACUCACCGCGAGGUCCCAGUCUCAGUCACAGGAGUCUGACAAAGGGCUCGGGACGCAUUCAGAUGUCGACGAAAGUGGGGAGAGCGACGAAGAGGGCAGCACGGCUGAUCUCGACCCCGACUUGUCACAGAGCAGCGCCUCAGCCUUGUCUGACAGUAGUCUGCUGAGCUUGGGCACAGUUCAGGGAAGUCAAGGUGAAUCAGACCAUCCGGUAGUGUUUGAGACCCUGAAACCUGUAAGUGGUCAAAAGGGCAUUGACAAAGUGACGGCACCCCUCCCCAAGGUGGUGGUGUACCCAGUGAAUGUCUCUCCACUUCGGGCCGACAGCCCUAGAGUAACUGACCUAACUCCCGAGCAGGCAACUGCCCAGCGGCAGAGAGAAUGCCAGGCAGUCAGGACAGUCUUGUCCUCCCUGAAGGAGGUAGAUUGCUCCAGCCCCUUGCAGGACUCAAUAAGCGAGGAUGAGGAUCCACAGGGAAAAUCACCAGGGGGUGGCCAUGCCCAGUUACAGAGGCAACAGGCUACUGAUUGCUCCCAACAGCAACAGGGCAAGUGCCUGCUGAGUCCUCGUAGUUUGGGCAGCACCGAUUCGGGUUACUUCUCCCGCUCUGAAAGCGCAGACCAAGCCAUGAGUCCACCGAGUCCCUUUGUGAAGAUAACCCCUCCGGCAGACAAUGAUGUUACCAAAAAUCUGCCCAUUAAUCCCUCACCUAUUGUAGUUCCACUUAUGCAUGCAACUAAUAUUGAAAAGACACACAUAUUGGAGGGGCAAAUGCGGCCUCCACUGGACUCUAGAACACUCUCUCUAGAAGAGCGCAUCUCAAAGUUAAUAUCAGACAAUGAAGCAGUGGUUGACGACAAGCAGUUGGACAGCGUUAAGCCAAGACGGACCUCCCUGUCAAGACGGGGAAGCAUAGAUUCACCAAAAUCCUAUAUCUUCAAAGACUCCUUCCAGUUUGACCUGAAACCGUUUGUAAGAAGAUCAAGUUCCAGCUCUGACAUACCAAAGUCUCCCUUCACCCCGACAGAAAAAUCCAAGCCAGUGUUUCUUCUCUCUGUUCCUCCCCAGUAUCCAAAUAUGGACUGUUUACCAAUAACAAGGAGUAAUUCUAUGCCCACAACUCCAGGACAUUCAGCACUUCCCCCCAAUGUCCUUCCCCAGCCCCAUCCUUUGAGAAUCUGCCAUUCGUUUGAUGACAAAAUCAGCUCUUUCAAUGAUGAUGUCUUUUCAUCUGCACCAUCCACACCUAAUCCAUCAGUGCAUUCUCGCACCCUUGUGAGACAGAUAGCAGUUGAGGAUUCCACAAACGAAGGAUUGCCCUCAGUCCGCUCUAUGGACGAGGGUUAUCAUGGACCAAGCAUUGCAAUGGAAAUGCAGAGGAGCAAGUCUUUUGAGCAUGGAAACAGGAAACCUCAGCAGAACAAAGGGACCAUGUUUGAGUGUGAAACUUGCCGAAACCGUUACAGGAAAAGGGAGAAUUUUGAGAAUCACAAAAAGUUUUACUGCUCCGAGUUGCAUGGUCCAAAAAACAAGCCUAUUCCUGUCAGAGAGCCAGAACCGGAUGUGUUUGUGCAGAAUGUUCAUCAGCCCUUGAUGAGAAGAGCAGUGUGUCACCCUGGAAUUGUAGAGCAACCGACAAUGAUAAGAAAACGGAGAAAAUUGAAAAGCUUUGGGGAUGAUGACGAUCAGUCUCCAACUGACAAAAAUCCACCAUGUUCUAGAAGUUUUGAUUCCUGUCAGAUUCCCUCCAGAGUAAUAAGUGGUCAGUUUACCCAGAGAGCUGUAGUGGUUAACCUGCAACCUGCCAACAACACUGGGCAGAUACCUCCAGGUCAGCUCAUAACAAGAGUUGCAGAGACACCAGAGUCAAGGCUUUCUCCUGCAAGAGACAGCAGCAUUAACACCCCCACCAAAGAAAGAGGUGAGAUGCAACGGCAAGGCAGUGGUACAUCUGUCAUAAGACACACCAACUCUCUGAGCAGGCCAAAUUCGUUUGAAACAUACGAAUCUAUUGACCAGUCCUCUCCAGUUGAUCCUUCAACAAAGGACAUCCCAGGAGCAGUUAUGCCUAGCACUGAAUCAUUGGCUAACACUGCAUUGCAGAAUUAUCACAAAGAAAUGUCAAUACCUAAGGUUUCGAGUCAAGACAAAUACAUUACUGACACCCCUAAGGAGCAUGCACCAGCCAGUGAGAAUGCUCCCCCUAUCCAACAGUCAAGGCUGGUCCGUCAAAACAACAUUCAAGUUCCUGAAAUUCUGGUUACAGAGGAACCAGAUCGAGAACAUGAGAGCCAGGUUUUAGAACAAGUGGAGAAGCCUGCAGACACCUUCAACUGGCCUCAGCGGAGUGAGAGCCUGUCCAAGCUACCAACAGAGAAGUUGCCACCCAAAAAGAAAAGGAUCCGGCUGGCUCAGAUGGAGCAAUCUUCGGGUGAAUCAAGUUUUGAGUCCUCCCUCUCCAGAAGCCUUAGCAGAGACAGCAGUCUCUCACGAUGUUCAAGCAUGUCAGCUUCAUUUGAAAGGGAUGAGCCACCCAGAUCCGAUAGUCCUUCCCGGGAAAGUGUCACCAAACCACCAGAUAUUCAAGGACCAUCUACAGCGUGCAACACACUCAGCGUCCCAGUGAUGAUGAGACGAGCUGCCUCAGAACAGAUUAGCUGCACCCAACCGUCUAUUGCUAUUUCUUGCGACUACCGCAGCAAGUCUUUUGACUGCAGCAGCAUGUCUCCCAACAGGUCACCCUCUCCCUUGGACACAGCUAUGCUCAAGAGUCCCCAGCCUGCAAAAGCUGCACAGGUACCCCUUAUUGAAAGAAGAAGAGGACCUCUUGUUCGUCAAAUGUCCCUGAAGAUUGGACCAGAGAGUCAGCAGUUUGUUGGGAAGCAGCAUACAGUUUCUCUUCAGAGGGCUCCUUCGUCAAAUAUUGUUUCUGUUCCUCAACACAGGCCUCCAAUGAUCCACAGGCCGAAUUUAGCCCAGCCUUUUGUUUUACAUUCUGGAGAGCCACAGAAGAAUGAACAUGUAGUCCAAAGCAUUAACUUGGGCAGUCAAACUCAGCAUCCACAAAUCCAGGGACUUCCUCAUCCAUGGCAUCAAACCUCAAGAGUUGUUUCAAUCCAAAAGGUGCAACCUGCAGUCCAAGUCAUGCCUUGUCAGGCAGAUUUGCAGAGCAAGCCUGCUGAACCACCUAAGAGCUUUGUCCCCAAGUAUCAGCUCCAGUACCCAGUUCUGAAAAGUCAAACAUACUCCUUCUCUGGUCCAAAGGGGACACAGAUAGCCUUGCCUGUUAUAACAAUACCCAUUGGCAACGAGAUUGUAAGUGUUUCGAAGGCAGCUGAUGAAAUACAGAAUGUAUACGUUGCACAGCAGAACCUUCAGACUAUGCCCAAUAGAACAUCCAUUGUUUUACCUCUGGGUAUCCAAGGAGACGCACCUUCACAGAACCAGUCAGGAUCAGCCACAGUGCCACAGAUUCUGAUAACUCAUGAGCAGGUUCUCCCUCCUAGCAGUGUGGCUUGCAAAGCCAACAGUUCCUCCGUGAAUAUUGCUACCAUUGACAAUAAAUCUGGACCAGAAGUUCACACAGAGAGACAACAAGUCCAAGUGCAGCCUGGGACGAACACACAGAGCCAUAUAGAUAAUAAUCGUAGCACUCCAUCUCUUGGCUCUUUGCACUGUACCCAGAAGUUGGCAUCAGUUAACCUCUGCCCACAACAGGAGCCUAUUGCCUCCAGUAAGCGCAUGCUCUCUCCUGCCAACAGCUUGGACAUUGCCAUGGAGAAACACCAGAAACGGGCAAAAGAUGAGCAUGGAGCAAUGUGCCAGCCAACCGAUGGCAGGUCCCUCAGUUAUCUCAAUUCCAAGAUGGCAGAGGUGACUCGUCAACGGAAGCUAACACUCGUCAGACAGGUUUGCACCACUGAACCUGCAGAUAGUCCCAUUGAAACUGAAGCCCCGCAAGACCUAGAGAAGUUGGAUCCUGGCAAAGACUUCCCAGCACCUGAUACUGGCAGCACAACAACCCCCGAGAUUACUGCUCAAAUGCAGGAUGAUAAGCCACCUUCUCCAACAGACCAUCCCAUGCAGAGCCCUGUUAGCCGUACCUCUCCAGGGGUCCAGAGCUAUGCAGUCCCUGCAAACGCUGCCCCUAAGCCACAGGAGAAGUCAGAGGAGCAGCGCUGGUCUUCUGGCAAAUCGCCUCUGAGGCCUCCCACUUUUCAAGGCCAGGUGAAACUGGCCUCCUCCGUGUCUGUUGUCAACACUCGGGACAGCCACCGCUUGUCUUUCCCCAGCUUGAAAACAGCCACAACGUUCACCUGGUGUUACCUCAUCAAGAGGAGGCCACUGCAUGUUCCUCAGACUGACCAGAGGGCCUCUGCGUACUCUGCCUGGCCAGUCAGCCAGAACAACCCCAACCCGCUGGGCCUACCGACCAAAGUAGUCAUGUCUCUGUUUGAUUCAAAGCAGAAAUCUAAGAAAAUACACUACACCCAAGCGAAAACCACAAGUUUGAAGUCCGACAUAUUGACAUACUCCAGCAACCUGAAGGACAUUGUCGCCAAGGUCUUGAUCACACAGAAGUCCAUCUCCACUGAAGGCAAGAGUAAAACUCGACUUGAGUCUCGACCCACCAAUGAGGCUGACAGGGAGUCCUUAUCAAAAGCGGAGCCUAGACGGAUCAAAAUAUUUGAUGGAGGAUACAAAUCGAAUGAGGAGUAUGUGUAUGUCCGCGGACGUGGCCGUGGGAAGUAUAUCUGUGAAGAGUGUGGGAUUCGCUGCAAGAAGCCCAGCAUGCUUCGCAAACACAUUCGCACCCACUCAGACGUUCGACCUUACCACUGCACCCACUGCAACUUCUCUUUCAAGACUAAAGGAAAUUUGACCAAACACAUGAAGUCUAAAGCCCACAGUAAGAAGUGCUUGGAGAUGGGAGUAUCCGUGGGUUUGAUCGAAGACCAGGAUGCAGAGGAUUCAGGAGACCGAGGAAGAGGAAGCAGUGCUGACCGCCCCGACUCUGAUGGCGACGACUCGGAUGGUCCUGAGGACGAGGACAAUGACGGAGAGGAGGAGGACGAGGAGGACAGCCAGGCAGAAUCGGGUCUCUCUGCUACGCCCUCGGUCUCGGCCAGCCCCCAGCACUUUGGCGGUGCACAACACGACGUGGCACCCAGCUCGCUGCUGGCGCAGAUGUCCAUCAGCUCGUCCCAGCUGACCCCACCGCCACCGCCGCCGCCACCCCCAUCCCAGCUCCCACACACUCACACUCAUGCCCUUCCUCACACCCAAAACCUGCCCCAGACCCCCUCCGCUGACCCUUGUGACUCUGAUUCGGUCGCCAUGCUGAGCCCUGUCUCUCCCACCAAGCAGAUGACCAUCUCAGCCAUGAUCCUAAGCCCCACCACGACAAGCUCCUUCACCCACUAUCCCCUCGCCACCCACACCACCUUUGCCACCGCCACCACCACCUCAGUCAUCGCCCCCUCCUCCUCCUCCUCUGACCCCCACGGCUCGGACACCGAGUCCGUUCACAUGAUGAGCCCCGUGUCGCCUUGCAGGCAGAUGUCCAUCGACUACCCCGACUUUGAUGUGCCCCCUAGUCCCCCAGCGCCGGGCAAGGGCUCCGCCAAGCUCGGCCAGAGUGGCAGUGCCUGUCCCCCCGCCAUGUCCUCGAGUGAGUCCGGAGUGCCAGUGGACCGCGGCACUCAGACGUCCUCCUUCGCCCCACAGAGUCACCUUCAUUUCCCGUCGCCGGGUCCCAUGCACCUCAUGGGGGAGUCAGGAGCGCAUACGCACCUCUUCAGCCACCUGCCGCUGCAUUCCCAGCAGCCCUCGCGCUCCCCGUACAGCAUGGUGCCCGUGGGCGGCAUUCAGCUGGUGCCCGCCGGCCUGGCCGCCUACUCUACCUUUGUGCCCAUCCAGGCUGGCCAGGUCCAGCUCACCAUCCCGGCGGUGAGCGUCAUCCACCGCAACACCAGCCCACUCCCGGGAACCGGUCCGGGCUCGGGACCCGGGGCCAGUCCGCCAAGGCCCGGCGGUUCUCCCAGCGCCCAGCCCUCGAUGGUGGUCCAGGAAAGCAUGGGGAACAUGCUACCCUGCUUUCCGCUGGGCCAGAUGGCGGGCAUCCAGACCCUGGGGGCGUCCCAGUCCGCCCUGCAGUCGAUGGGGCUGGAGGCGCUGGGCGUGAUGGGCCUGGCCAACUCGGGCCUGGCGCCGACCCAGCUGCUCCAGCAGCAGAACCUGGCCCUCAACGCCACCCUGGGCGUGCAGGUCCUGGCCGCCAGUCCCGCGGUACAGUCCAGCAUGGCGCCCCAGACUCACAUCCCAGGCCUGCAGAUCCUCAACAUCGCUCUGCCAGCCCUCAUCCCCUCCCUCAGCCCCCUGUCCACCCUUAGCCCCCUGCCCUCUGCUUCUCCUGAAAAGCUGAGCAGCCUGGAGGCCUCUGCCGGACAGGGGCCGGGUCCGUCCACGAGCCCCUCUGUUUGCGCCGUUGCGGACUCCACGCCCGUUCUGACUCUAUCAGCCAGCCCUCCAGUGGCAGCGGUGUCCGCGGCCCCGAUGCCGCCCGUUGUCGUGACGACACACGCACCGAGAGGCGCCCCGCCCUGCAGGUCCAGCUCGGGGCCCGGGUACGGAGGGGAAGCCGCCCAGCCUGCUGCCUGCGCGUCGGAGAGGAAGGGCAAGUCCCCGCCACACCAGGCCCGCUCAUCCCCUGCCUCUCUGGACGGCGCCUCGCAAACAGCCCCGACUGACUCCUCCACCGUCACCACAGGGGGCGCUAGUGAGGCAAGGUCCCUGCACAAGCACACUAGUCCCAGACCGCCAGCCCUGGCUGAUGAUUGCAGCGAAGCCUCCAGCGAUGACGAGGACCGACUAGUCAUCGCCACCUGAAUGUCUGAAAUGAAAUGUUCUUCUCUUCUUUCUAUUUGUCUCUCUUUAAUCUCUUGCUCUCUCUUUCUUUCUCUCUUUCUCUCUAUUUCUUUGUUUGUAAUACUUGCCACUUUGUAAAACUGAAAACACUUCAGGGGUCUAGCUGUACAGACCACCUCUAAAAAGCACAUUUUCUGACAUUGAUAUUCUAUGUGCAAUCAUAAAUGAUGAUGACCAAUCAUUUUAUUUUUACUUUUUUGUCAGUUCUGAACAGUUUUUUCCUUCUUUUUGUACAUGUUGUAUAGACAAUUGUGCCUUUUUGGAGUUUCUUGUUUAGGAACCUGUACAUAAUACCUUAUGACUCAGUAGUUGCUUGUGUUUAGUAGAUGCAUUUGGAGUCUAAAGAAAAAUCGGAGGGAAAUAUUUUAUUUUGAAAUGUUUUAUGUCAAGUGUAAAUUAAUGGGAAAUACAUGUCAGUACCAAUAUAUAAGCAUUUCUAUGGCAUUGGGCAAUGUUUUUGUGUACAGAUGUUGUGUUCAGCUAUUUAUUAUAUUCCAUCUAGUGCCCAUCACAAUGAUCCAUAAGUCCAUAGGUAUGUGUACAAUUGUGGCUUUACAUUGCUAUAUCUAUACCAUCAAAUGUAUCAGUAAAAAAACUUUGUUUACAAACGUUG